AUGAUGAAAAUUUUAAAAGGUUAGAAUAUGUAGAAAGCUUAUAUUUUUUCGAAAUUGGAGUUCAAUCUCAAAUCUACUUUAGAAACUAAAUAAAAUAAAGAGCUUAAAUAAUAAGACAAUAACCAAUAAUAAGAAAUAUCAAUAAGUGCAUUGAUUUUGGAACAAAAAACAGAUAUUGAAGUAUUAAUGUACUAGGAUCUAAAAAAUAAAAGUUGUAUUGACACAAUACUUAAGUAAUUUGUAAAAUUAAGAGAUAGAAUUAUAGCUAAUUUUGCUUCUUAAUAGAAUAGCUUAGUAAUUUCAGCAUUAAUUCUAUAAACUUAACUCUAUAAUUCAUUUUUUAAAUUAAAUUUGUCCUCAUAUUAAGAUAUUGAAUAAUGCAAAAAAGAAAUAUUGGAGUUAUACCAAUAAUAUGAUUAAAAUUAAAUAUUAAAUAAUAUUCAAUUUAAGAAUACAUAAGAUCAAAUUUAGGCAGAAAACAUUGAGUAGAAUGAGUAUUUAAUACUGAUUUCGGAAAAUAUAAAUGAAUUGAAUAACUAAAUAAUGAAUAUUAACAGAAUCAUUGAUAAUAUGUAAUAAUUAUCGAAGUAUGUUCAUUAAAAUUGUAUGGGUUUUGAGUUUUUUACUGAAGAUCAUUUUCAAAAAUAUUUCUUAGAUAAUGUUAAAUCAAUAAUCAAAGAAUUAAUUAUUUAAUUAUAAUUAGAUUAAUUAUUAAAUUAAUUUAUAUAGAAUAAUUUGGAUAAAUAGUAAAAUUCAGGAACUUAAAUAAAAAAUAUAAUAAACUUUACUUUAAAAGAUUUUGCCACUAUCUUUUGUUAUAAUUAGAUAACUUCAGAAAAAGCAGUUUAAAUAGAUAAAGACUACUAAGAAUUAUUAGAUAAUUUAGAAUAGGAAAUGAUAGUGGAAAGAAAAAUCUAUGAUUUAAGUAAAGAUUAUAUAGUCCGUUAAUGUUUCCUCUUUCAUUUAAUAAAAAUUUAAUCCUAAGUCCCUGAAAAAGAAUUAUUAUUGCUUUGUCAAGAAUAUAUAAAACGAAUAUGGAUGAUAGAAAAGGAUGAAAGUGUUAGAGCUUUUCUAAAAAAUAAAGAGGUGAUAGAAAUCUAAAAAUUACUAUUCUCUCAUGAUCUUAAAACUUUUUCUUCAAGUAUGAAAGAAGAGAUGAAUUAAAAAUUGAAGGAAUUGGAUGAUAUUGAAUAAGCAAUUCGUUUUGAAGGCAAUCAAUCUAAGCGAGAUGAAUUGUCAAAAUAAUUAACAAACCAAUAUGAGGAGUUUGAAGAAUUUCUAGAUAAUAUUUCUGAAAUGUCUUAGCAAUUGGAUAUUACUUUAAUCUUUUUAAAAGAACUUUAAAAAAAUAUAAAAUAAAUAAAAAAGAAAAUAGAUGAUCUCUAGGAAUCAAUAAAUGAGAUUGGAAAUGAUGUGAGAAAAUUAAGAGGAAAAAAAUAUGAUGAGUUGCUUUUAAUAAGAAAAGAAAAGGUAUUAUCUUAAGCUUAUCUUUUGGAGGUUGAUUCUGUAUACAUCCCACUAAAAACAUAGGAAUCAAUCCAGUUACAGGGUAAGUCUAAAACACUCUUUUAGGUUAAAAAUUUUCUGAGUUGCUUGUUGAAGAGAUUAGAUAAAACAAAAUAGAAGGGAGUGAAUUAAUUUAUCUAUGAUGAAUAAUAAAAAUGUGUAAUGUUGAUAAAAGGUCAAGCUGGUUCGGGUAAAAGUUGAGCAGCUAGAAAAAUUGAAGCUUAUCUGUGGAAACAAAAAUUAGACGAAAAGGAUUGGAUUCCAAUAUAUAAAUCAUUACCAUAAUUAAAAAACCCAAAGUUUAAUCUAUUGGACCAAACACUUGAAUCUGAAAAUUAUGGGUUUGAUAAGUUGCAAUUAAAAGAUUUUAAAGAAGCAAUUUCGAGUAAUAAGAUUAAAUUAGUGUUGAUUCUUGAUAGUUACGAUGAAAUGAAGCAAGAUUGUAUAUAAUCCAAUUUAAUAUUAACAAAUAGAUUAAUCUAAGAUCGUAAUUAAGUUGAUUAAAUAAAAAAAGUAAAAUUUAUAAUAACAACUCGUAAAGAAAUAUUAACAAGUUUAGGAUAUUAAACAUGGUUUUAUGGUGAAAGCCUUUAGACAUUAAAAGAAGUCGAAAUCAUGAAUUUUGAUAAACAACAAAGUGAGAAUUACCUUAAACAUUACGUUAAAUUGAGUAUUAAAAUAAGAAUUAAAUCAUCAUAUGAUUUUGUUAAGUAAAUUAAACAAUAGAAUUUAGAUGUUAAAGAAUUUUUAGAGAUUUGGAAUAAUAUUUUAGAUUAAGUUGAUGAUGAAGAUGGAAUUAAUGAGAAUUCUACUAUGUUACUAACUGAUGAAUAAAUUGAGAAUAUUUUGGAAAUUAUAUAAAAAUAACCUGCAUUCCAAUAUGUUUAAGAAGAUUAGUUAAUUAUCUUAAAAAAAGAGCUUAAAGAUUUAUGGAGUGCAGGGUUAUUUAAUAAAACUAUUUAAAAUCUAAAAAUUUAACAUUUCUUAUAGACUCCAUUUAUGCUUGAAAUCGUAGUUUAAACUCUUCCAAACCUUUCUUAAAAGUAUAAAGGAUCUCAAGAAAUUAAGGAAAUGUUUCAGAAGAAUUUCUUAAUACUAAAAAGUAAGGAAAAUCUAUCAAAAAUGAAAUUAUCAAAAUUUAUAUAUUUAGAGUAAAAAAAAGUACAAAUAAUUAUAGAGGAAAAUACAUAUAAGUAAAGUGAAAUUUAACAAGACUAUGAGAAUCAAUAAGAUUUAAAAAGUUUAUAAAUUAUUCUUGAAAAAUUAGAAAGUUAACACUUUUUUGAAAAGUAUUCAAUAACUGAUAUAUCUUUGAUAAAAAAUUAAAUAAUAAAUAUAAGUGAAGAUGAUUUGAAAAUUGUGAUUGCUGCUUUGAAAAUGAAGAUAUUUACAAUUUAUGAAUUCUAUUAAAACUUUAUAGAAUGUUAUCAUGAAUAAUAAUUAUAGAAACUUAGAUAAUUGGGAAAAGUUGAAAAUGUAGAUAGUUUUACGAUAGAUUUAUUAUAAUUUUCAGAAUCAUUAGCUAUAGAAUUAAACAACAUAAGUUAAUUAUGAACAAAAAGGUAGGUUAAAAUUAAAAAAUGAUUAUUUUGACUAAAAUAAUGAAGAUGAUUGGAAAAUACAAUAUUUUGAUGAUUUGGAAGAUGACUAUAGGAAACUUGUUAGAAGUUCUGCAUUAAUUAAUGUGAAAGGGAAAAGCUAUACAUUUAAUCAUAAAUCUUUAUAAGAAUUUUAUGUAGCCAAACAUAUAAAUAAUUUAAUUGAUAAACUUUAAUUCAUUGACAAUUAACUUACUCAAAAAAGUGUAAGUUAUUUAGAAAAAUCAGUAUUUAAUAAGAAAGAAUUUAAUAUAUCUUUAGAAAAUUACUUUGGGUCUUUGAGAAUAUUAAAAGAAAACCUAAAACUUAAGAAUGAAAAUAACCUUAAAUUAAUUUCUAUUGCUAAAUUAUCUGCAAAGAAAACAUUUAAAGUAGCUUCUUCAAAUAGUUUUUGUUUAUUAAGUUAUUUGUAAGUGUAUCUAGGAGAGUAAGAUUUUUCAGGUAUACAUAUAGAAAAGACAACUUUUAAAGGAUUAUCUUUUUAUAAAAGCAAAUUAAAAAAAUCUAUUUUUAAUGAAGUAAUUAUUGAUUCUUGCCUAUUUGAUCAAGCUAAUUUGGAAGAGGCUAAAUGGACAAAUAUGAUAUGUUCUGAGAAACCUUUAUUAUAAGGACAUAAAGGCAGUGUUGUUGUAAUAUAAUAUUCAAAUAAUGGUAAAUUGAUAGCAAGUGCAGAUUCACAAAAAGUUAAAAAAUUUUGGGAUGAUGCAACAUUUUAACAAGAAGGAGAAAUUAGUGAUAUUUCUGGUUUACCAAAAUUUUUAGUAUUCUCAGAUGAUGAUUAACUUUUAUUUGUAGGUAGUGAUACAAAUAGAAUUGAGUCUUGGUUGAUAAGUGAUCUAAAAAAAAUCAUAAAAUCAAAUUGUGUAAUAAAUAAAUAAGAAAAAAUCAUAAAAAUGCAAUUGUCAUAAAAUGAAAAAGAAUUAUUAGCUGUUGAUGAGAGAGGAUUAAUAUAAUUUUGGGAUAUCAAUUUAAUAAAAACUAAUUUCAAUGAAAAAGAUGGAUUCAUUCUAAAAAGUUCUGACAGUAAGAUAAAGUUUAUUUCAUUUUUUAAGAAUGGCUAAAUGUUGGCAUCUGUUAGUGAUGACAAAAAAGUUACACUUUGGGAUGUCAUAGAAUAAAAAGUAGAAGCUAUAAUAGAAAUUUCUUUUCCAAUUACGUAUUUAGCAAUCAAUUAAACAUCUGAAUUUCCUGUUUGUGUAUCUAAUGAAUCAAAGUCUGAAAAUUUGUCUGUUUGGAAUAUCGAAAAUAUAAAUUAACCUUAUUUACUACGCACUUCUUCUAAAUAUCAUAUAGAUAAUAUAUAUUUCACUACAGAUAAUUAGAAAUCAAUAGAAAAUCUUGAAGAUGUAAUUUUAAUUUAAAAUAGUAGCAACAUAUCAGAAUAAGAAGAAUAUUAUUAAAUAAUUAAUUGUACUUGUAUAGAUUUCUCACCAGAUGAAAAUUUAAUAGCUACAAGUUCUGAAGAAUAAAUAUCACUAUGGUCAUUAUAAACAAACACUCCAAUAACUUCUUUGGAAAAUGAUUCACUGGUCAAUGUACUUAGAUUCAUUGAAUAAGGAAAAAAACUAUUAAGUGGAAAUUAUGAUAAAGGUGUUAAACUUUGGUCAGUAGAAAAAUUUCAACUUAUUAAUUUCUUUUAAAUUUCCUACACUUAAAAUAUAACAAUAUCCUCUAAUUAUGAUAGAAUGGCUAUUCAAACAAAUAGAGAAUAUAAAGAAGUAGUAAUAAUAAAGUUAGAUCAACUCUAAUUUAACUCCUUCGAUGAUAAUGGUAUGAAAGUCUCUAUUUCAUAAAAUGAUUAAUUAUUUGUGAUUAAUUACAAUUAUACUGGAACAACUUAUUAUGUUAUUAAACUAGAUAAUGACUAAUAAGUUGAAUUCGAGAGUAGUAAGAAUAAUUUUGAAUAAUGUGUUUUCUCUCAUUAAUCAUCUCUUUUCGCUAGUUUUAAUAAAGAUUAACAAUUACAAAUUUGGACCUAUGAAGGGGUGAAAUUUUCUCUAAAACAUGAAGAACGAUUUGGUUACAAGAUUUCUUGCAUGAUAUUUUCUUUUGAUGAUAAAUAUUUGGCUAUGACAUCCUAAACAGAUCAAUUAAUAAUAAUAUGGGAUUUUUUCAAAAAUUCAAUAUAUACAUUAAAAGAAUCAAUUAAUGAAGUAGGAAACUAUAAUUAUUAAUUAUCUCCAGAUAUCUGCUUUUCUUGCGAUAGUCUAUAAGUUGCAUUCUAUAAUAGUGAUGAAAUAAAAAUAUGGAACUUCCUUUCUAACUAAACUAAUUCUAUUUUUAAAGAUGAUAAUUCGAAAGUUAGAACUAUUGCCUCUUCUCCAAAAUAAAUAUAUUUGCUACAUCUAGUGAUGAUUUGACUAUUAAAUUUUGGCAUUUUGAGACAAAAUAAUUAUUGCAUUCAUUAUUCACAGGAGAAUUGACCAAAUGUUUAUGUUUCAUAUAUGAUGGAAAAUAUUUAAUUAGUGCAAGAAGCAUUUUGAAACUAUGGGACAUAUCAAAUUUUCCAUAAAUCAAAUUAUGUGCUGCCACAGAUUCUUUUUAAGGCUAUAAUGUAGAAAAAAUAUGUUGCUUACAUAAAACAUAAGGUAUUUUGCACUGUUGUUCUUACAGGAGUUAGAUGAUUUAAAUUUGAUGAAUUUAAUUAUUUAGGAAUAUUAGAGAGUUCGGAUUAAUCAAAAAUUGAAUAUUAAUUUUCAUCUGAUAGUCGGUUUUUAGUUGGUGGAAUAGAUAAAAAAGUUAUUAUAUGGGAUAAUGAUAAAAACUAUCAAAUAGAAUUCAGUUAUCCAUUUCCUGAUAUCAUUUAGUCAGUUACUUAUUGCUAAGAUUAAGAAAGACUUAUUGUAACUAUUCCAUCAGGGAUAUAUAUUUUGAAUAUCAAAUCAACCAAUAUACUUGAAGUAAUUCCUAAUUUGAAAUCUGCAUUUUAUGCCAAAAUUUUUUAAAAUGAUUAAUAUCUAUAUACAAAAGAAGAUAAAUCUGUUAAAAUUUGGAGAAAUGAUGGAGAUAAUCAAUUCACUUUAAUUGACUAUUAUAAUUUUUAAACAACAGAAAAAAUUGUUUUUUCAAAGGAUGGAAAAUAUUUAGCAAAACUAAAAGAUGAUUAUUUUAAUAAAUCAAUUAUAAUAUAUCCUAUAGAUUUGAUUGGUAAACGACGAUUUAUUCUGAAUAAAGAUUAAAGUACAAUUAGGAUAUCAAAUCACUCAAAAUAUUAAUUAUAUGGGAAUGAUAAACUUUCUAAAUUAUCUUAUUUUGAAUCAGAUGUUACUAUUGAUGAAUUCACUGAAUUAGGAUAUUUUGAGUUUAGCCCUGAUAAUGAAAAUAUAGUUUUUCAGAAUGACAAAAAUUACACAUUAUACAACAUUAACUCAAAAUAAAAUAUUUCUUAAUUUAGCAAAUAUAAAGAUUAUUAAUCAAUAUAUAGCUAUUCAAAUUCAUAUUCAGUUUAAUUUUCAAAUGAUGGGAAGAUUUUAGUAUUAGCAUAUGAAUAAAUAAUUCUUGUUAAUAUCACAGACAUUAAUAAACCUUAAUUUAUCGGAAUUAUUCAAGAUAAAAUAACUUCUCUUAAUCCUAAAACAUCAUCUAAAUACCUUGCUUCAACUUUAGGUGAGAAUUCUAUUUAAAUAAAUGAUAUGAUUACUAGAAAAUUUAUUAAAUCAAUAAAAAUAAAUAUCACUAGAUAUUAUAAUUUGAAAGAUUUAGUUAUUUUAUUAAACGAUUCAAAAGUAGCUUAUUUAGAUUAUAACAAAUUUAAGGUAUAGAAUUUGAUCGAUGAUAAAACAGAAUAUAAUUAUAGUUACACUGAAGAUUGCGAUACAAUAGCAAUUUCAAAAGAUAGAAAAAAUUUAAUAUUUUCUUCAGGUAACCAAGUCUAUUUUUAUCAGAAUAUAAAUCAAUAAGAAUUCAAUAAAUUGGAAGAGAAUAUUAAAUUCUUAAAUUUUUCAUUCUCUUAAGAUUCAAAAUAUUUAGCAGGAUGCGGAACUAAUAAUAUAAUUUAUUUUUGGGACUUUAAAGCAAGAAAAGUGAUGGCUAAAUUUGAAGGCCAUUCAGAAAAAGUUUAUGUAGUCUAAAUUUCUUAAGAUAAUUCAACAUUAGCAUCUUGUAGUGAUGACAAAUUGAUAAGAUUAUGGAAUUUAAAUGUGAACUUUAACAGGAUAACUUAGGAUGGACAUGAGAAUAAAAUUAGCAAAAUAAUGUUUUCAGCAGAUAGUUUGUUAUUAUAUUCUAGUGGAGCUAUAGAUUAUACUCUAAAAUUAUGGGAUAUGGAACAUAAGGUCUUAAUAAUUUCAAAGACUUUUGAUUACUUAAUAAACUCUUUUUCAAUUACACAAAAUUAGGAUUAUCUCAUCAUAACACAAGGAGAAACAGUUGAAUUAUGGAAUAUUUAAUAUAUUUAAGCAAUUCAAAAAUCUUUAUUUGAGAUAAUUCCUGGUGGAUGCCCCUCUUAUAAUUUUAAAAUAAAAGGAAACAUUCAAAAGAUUUAAUUGUUAUCAAAUGAUAAAUAGUUUGUUAGAUAACCUUGUUUACAUAUAAAGAGUAUAAUAAUAAAGAAUACUAUUUUUCUUUAGCAGAGAUCUGGGAGAAAAAUGAUAAAAUUGAUGAGUCAGCUAUAUUAUAUGAAUAUGAGAAAAUUGAAAUAAGGCUUUACUAAAUAUCAUAAGAUUUUAAAUAUAUAUGCUCUGUAGAUUCUCAAAAUGAAUUAAGUUUAGGUGAGUUAUCUCUAGACUCUAAACUAAAUUUGAUAAAAUUGAAAUAGUAUAAUAAUGAUAAAAUCAUUAAUCUUCUCUUUUCAAAUGAUUCUAAAAUAUUAUCAUCUGUUGAUAGUUAAAAUAUAGUAUUUAGAAUUUUAGAUAGUGACCAAUUACUUUGUAGUCUUAAUUUAAGCAUUGAACCUGAUGAUUUUUUUCAAUAUUUUACAGAUGAUGACAAAUUCUAUUAUACAAAUUUUAAGAAUAAAAUAUACCUAUGGAAUGUUAAUCAUUUAGUUCAAGAUUAAAAUUUUUAAAUUUCUCAGUUAGAAUUAAAUUUAGAAAAUGUUGAUAUUCAAUAUUUUACAAUAUCUAAUAAUCUAAAGCAUUUAGUAAUUGGACUUAAUGAUAGUCAAAAUAAUAAUAUUUUAAGAGUAGUGGAAUUAAAUUAAAUCAUAAUAUUAAAAAAUAUUCACUAAAAUAGUAAAAUAAAACUAUUAUUAUUUUCUGAUGAUGAUAUGCUGUUGGCAUUAGCUAAUGAAUUAAAUGAAAUAUUAGUUUAUGAAAUAAAUCAAUUUACAAUAACGAAUUCUUUUCAAUGCCAUUAAGCCCCUAAAAUUAAGAUGUAGUUCUUCUUUUAUAAAGUACCUUUAGAAAUAGAAAAUAAUGAUGAACCUUAAUAAAUGGAUAAUUUAGAUGAAUAAAUUAUUUAAAUAUAAAAUAAUGAAUAAGAAAAUGUUGAAGGUUAACCUUAAUAAAUUGAAAACAUUUAGGAAGACAAAAAGGAUAUAAUCUAAAGAUCAAUUUUAAGUUUAAUAUCUUUUGAUUAAGAUUAUUCAAUUGUAAUAAAUUAUUUGGAUAAUUUAAAUACUCAUAAUUAGGUACAGCAGUUACCUAACAAAUCUGUCAAUGAAAUUAAGUAAGUUGUUUUACUAAAGAUACAUAGACACUUGCUGUAAUUACAAAUGAUAACAAUAAUAGUUAAUAGUGUGUUAUUUAUAAUUGGGAUCAAAAUAAGUAUAGCUUAUUUAAAAACAUCAAAGAUUGUUGAUUUUUGUUUUGAUCAAAAUUAUUUAGUUUAUUGUAUUAUUGAAUAAGAAAUAUUAUAUUCACUUUUUAUUCAAAAACUUAAAGGAAUUGUAAUUGGAGAGCCGAUUUAUACUUAUAUGACUAUUAAAAUGAUUUUGGUUUUUUUUAAAGAGAAGAGAUUAAAAUUAAUUACAAUAAUUAUUACCCAAAUGAGCCAUUUACUUUUCUUAAAAUAAGUUCACCAAACUCAAUUUUAUUUUUAGGGGAUAAUUAAUAUAUGUACUGUUGGAAAUUUUGUAAGGAAGAAAAUUAGGUUUAAUUAAUACUUUUAAAGAUGACACAAUAUAAUAAUUUUGAUUACACAACAAUGUUUUUGAGAUAGGAUUCUCAGAUAUUUUGCUUAAUGAAUAAUAAAAUAUUAAAAUUAGAUUUCUUAGAUGCAAUUGAAAAACUAAAAUCAUGUCUUAAUUAUUACUCUUAGAAAGAUUAAAGAUAUGAAUAUUAGAUUAAAAAACUAGAAGCACCUAACAUUUAAUUUAAACACUGCAGGUUUUCUUCAGAUCUAUCAUUAUGUGUUAGUAUAGGAUAAGGGAGACUAUUUGUAUUUUAAUCGGAAAGAAACUAUGGAGGAUCAUAAUAUUAAUACAAAGAAUACUUUAAAUACUUAAUCUUAUGGAAUAUUAAAACCUAAAAAUAUGAUACUUUAAUAGAACCAUACACCACAAAAAUUGGCUAUAAUCGCUAUCCUAUUUUAUUUACUGAUGUUGCCGUAUUUAUUCCUAAUUAAAACAUUAUGGUUUCAAAUAAGGAUAGAACUAUUGAAUUUAGGAAUUGCCAAGAUUUUGAUUCUAUCACAACAAUUGCAACUCUUGAUAAUGAACGUAGAAUUAAAAAUUUGAUAGUCUCCUAAGAUGGAAAAUUGUUGAUAUCUAUUUGUGAAAUUGGAAUUUUCAAGCUUUGGAACAUCAGUGAAAUUAAUUAAAUCACUCUAUAACGAGUCAUUUAUUAUGAGAAAGAAUUAGUUCAUUAUAGAUUUACAAACGAUAUUUGUUGUUAUAGUCUCUAUUAAAGGAAGGAAGAGAAAAAAUACUAUUUGGAAUCACUCAAUCUCACAAAAUAUCCAGUUAUCUACGCCUUUUAAUCAUUUAAGUAUUUCAAUACAUUUUUAAUUAUGUAGUAAGAAACUAUUAUUGCAUUAGGAGGAGGAUAAUUGGUCCUUUGGAAUUAUAAGAGUAAUCAAAAUAAAAGUAUAAUUGAAAAUAAUGAUGAAUGUUUUACUUAAAUAAUUUUUGGAAAUAAUAGUAAUAAUUUAGUAGCCGCAAGAGGUUGUGUCAUUUAUUUAAUAAACGAAAUAACUGAAGCUUUGAAUUUUACUUCAAUUUCAGAAUUAAAAGGACAUUAAGGGAAAAUAGUAUGCUUAUCUAUCUUGUACGAUAAUUAAAUGAUUGUAUCAGGUUCAUAAGAUAAAACUAUUAGAUUUUGGAGCAUUCCAUAAUUAGCCACUGUUUAUAUCCUUUUAGGCUUUAUAGAAAUUAUUUCAAAAAUAACUCUAUCUCCUAAUUGUAAAGAUAUGGCUGUGGCUAUGGAAGAUGGAUCUAUCAGACUCUUUGAACUUCAGUUUCCUGAGAAUAUUCAUGAUUUAAAAUUAGAUGAAAUUAAUAAUUAAAGUGAUUAUACCCAUUGUUAUAAAGUNAUAAAUUGAAAACAUUUAGGAAGACAAAAAGGAUAUAAUCUAAAGAUCAAUUUUAAGUUUAAUAUCUUUUGAUUAAGAUUAUUCAAUUGUAAUAAAUUAUUUGGAUAAUUUAAAUACUCAUAAUUAGGUACAGCAGUUACCUAACAAAUCUGUCAAUGAAAUUAAGUAAGUUGUUUUACUAAAGAUACAUAGACACUUGCUGUAAUUACAAAUGAUAACAAUAAUAGUUAAUAGUGUGUUAUUUAUAAUUGGGAUCAAAAUAAGUAUAGCUUAUUUAAAAACAUCAAAGAUUGUUGA